UUUGUUUCUCAAGGGCCCUUUUUUACGUUCUUAUUUCCAUCGCCAACCUGACUGACACCCCUACCGAACUUUUUAUUACCCUCUAGGCAGGUUCGCUGUGACUUUGUGCUGUCCUGGCCCGUGUGGGUGCAUCGUCUAUUGACUCGUCUCAAGAAUGAGUUUUCCUUUUUCGAGGAAAUCGUCAUCUUCGGCAUGGCUAGGCCCCGGCCCCUUAUUAACAAGUCCCCCCCUCUCGAAGCAAAUCACAGAACACACAGACAUACCAAGGUAGAUGGGAUGCCGCCUCGACGCCCAAUCAUCCAAUCACCCAGAGGAGAAAUACCAAGGUUCUUCGACUUGCCUCUUCGCGAAUUCAGCCCCCGACUCGCUGCUUUCGACGGGACUUACAUCUCAGGCAUGCCAGGGUUCGCUAUCUCAUCUUGUGACUGUGAUGGGUGCACGCAACGCACCGAAACGUCUCUGCCGGCUGGCUAGGACGUUUCAUAUUACGUCCGCGUACAGAAUAUGCAGUGCACUGUCACUGCUUCUUAUUUCCAAUGUUUUUUUUUGGAAGGCCAAGCACCGGCUGAGGUAUCCCAGCAUUCCAUACAGAUUACGGGGAGCCUUGCCUGCCAACCACGAGGCACCUUGUAGGUACGACAACGCAGUGCUCGCUCAAAUGCCGUGCCCCACGCGACGUUGCUGGCAUUUGUUAUUCGCCAGUGCCAGACGAUUCAUCCUAGACUGCGAUGCACGGGGUCGAAGCCAUCAAUGCGAUACAUUUUUAUUUAGAAACACAGCGCCAGGAAAGCUGCCAAAAACGAAGCCAGCAACUUUCAGAGCCAUCUAUUUACAACGCGGCUGUGCCACAUCUCUCUAGCAAAGCUAAAUUCGAGUCUGCCCUGUGGGCUCUAGCCUGCCGGACGGCUGUCGAUCACUGGCCCUAUCGUAUAACCGUGCCACUCGACCGCCUCCGAGGAUUUUGACCAGUGAGAUUGCCCACGCCUCUCCAAGCCCGUUCCCGUCCGGCCCCUUGUCAUCUUGCUAGGCGGGUACGUGCUUGUGAGUAGCAAACUGGCGUUA